AUGGUUGAGUCGACUAGAGCAGCAGCAAAGAGCAACAUGAAGAACGCGAGUAAGACCUCGGCAACCAGUAAAGACAGACAGGAAGACCAAGUCGCUACAGGAGAUGGUAGAGGUGAUGUUGAGGCAACAGAAACCCUCACAGAUGCUAGAUACAAUAUAGCUCCAGGUACUGAACCUGUCGAUAAGAGCACGGGAGCUGAACUUGAUUUUGAGGAAGACGAUAUUGUCGAAUCCAACCUGAAGGGUCAUACGCCCGGGGGAGACGAAGCCAAAUUUGUUGACUUGAUAAGAGCCGUACCAAACCCAGACAAGUCAAACUCAGACGCGAAUUCAAUUCUCAUAGAGCAAGCGUUACAAGCAUUGAACGCAGGAAACGCAUCGGUAGCUUCGGUCUUGAUGAAAGCGGCGAAUGAGAUUAAGUCGACUAAAUCUAAGCUCUUUGGAUCCGAAAGUACGAUUGAAGAUACUCAAGAUGGGGGUCUAAUGUUGAACCUUCAAGCAAAUAAUUUCCAUAACGUAUCGAACCCGGCUCAUAAUCAGUCUCAAGGUUUUAACGGUCAAGGUCCUAGUCAAGCAGCGCAAGGAUCAUCAAAUAGUUUUAAUACGCAGCAAAACAAUCCUAUGAAUCAACAUGGGAAUAACCACGAAUCGAAGAAAAGAGCGAGAUCUGGUUAUAAGGGUUCUAAUUUUAUCCAAGGUUUUAACGAGAAGAGGGCGUCGUCUAACCCACCCCCGGCCUCUAUUCAGAAGUAG